GCCCGCAGCACAAGCAGCAGCAGCAGUAGGUGAGCACUGGGCAGAGGCCGCGGGCGCCUGGGAUCAGCGGCAAUGGCGUCCGGUAGAAGCUUCCUUGAUCUCUGCCUCCUCGCGCUGUCGCUCUGCUCCGCGCUCGCCUCCACGGUCGAUGGCGGGGCUUCGAGAAGGUUCUGGAUCGAGGGCGACGCCUUCCGGAAGGACGGGGAGCGGUUCCAGAUCGUCGGCGGCGACGUGCACUACUUCCGCAUUGUUCCCGAGUACUGGAAAGACCGCCUGCUAAGGGCUAAGGCACUAGGCUUGAACACGGUUCAAACAUAUGUUCCUUGGAAUUUGCAUGAGCCGGAACCGCAGAGCUGGGAAUUCAAUGGAUUUGCCGACAUUGAAUCGUACCUAAGACUUGCUCAUGAAUUAGAGAUGCUGGUCAUGCUUCGUGUCGGUCCAUAUAUUUGUGGAGAAUGGGACUUAGGGGGAUUUCCACCUUGGUUGCUCACCAUAGAACCAGCCCUUAAACUGCGAUCAUCAGAUUCAGCCUAUCUUUCCUUGGUCGAGAGAUGGUGGAAAGUAUUACUUCCAAAAGUGGCACCACUAUUAUACAGCAAUGGAGGUCCAAUUAUCAUGGUGCAGAUUGAAAAUGAAUUUGGGUCAUUUGGAGAUGACAAGAAUUACCUCCAUUACCUUGUUCUACUAGCCAGACGAUAUCUGGGGAAUGACAUUAUUCUGUAUACAACUGAUGGGGGCACCAUUGGGACCUUAAAGAAUGGAUCAAUUCAUCAAGAUGAUGUUUUUGCUGCUGUUGAUUUUUCUACGGGCGAUGAUCCAUGGCCAAUAUUCAGAUUACAGAAGGAAUACAACUUUCCAGGAAAAUCAGCCCCUUUAACCGCGGAAUUUUAUACCGGAUGGCUAACACACUGGGGUGAAAGUAUUGCAACAACAGAUGCUAGCAGCACAGCUAAAGCUCUUAAAAGUAUUUUGUGCCGCAACGGUUCUGCUGUACUUUAUAUGGCUCAUGGUGGGACCAAUUUUGGGUUUUACAAUGGGGCAAAUACUGGCCAAAAUGAGUCCGCGUACAAAGCUGACCUCACUUCUUAUGAUUAUGAUGCGCCUAUUAAGGAGCACGGGGACGUGCAUAAUCCAAAAUACAAAGCACUGAGAAGUGUAAUACAUGAAUGCACUGGCACUCCUCUUCAUCCUCUUCCUGCCAACAUUGAAAGAUCAAAUUAUGGGCUCGUGAAACUACAAAAGGUUGCUUCUUUGUUUGACAUAUUUGAUAAGAUAGGUGAUCCUCUGAAAGUGUCUGUCUCAGAGCAGCCUCUGUCCAUGGAACAGACAGGCCAGAUGUUUGGGUUUCUACUUUACUCCUCGGAAUACGAAGGGAAAGGUCCUUACAGCAUCCUAUCAAUUCCAAAGGUACAUGACAGAGCCCAGGUUUUUGUGUCCUGCUCACUUGAUGGUGUCAGAAAUCGAAGAUAUGCUGGCAUUAUUGAAAGAUGGUCUAAGAAAACCCUACAGAUACCGAGCUUGAGCUGCUCAUCUAAGACCAGCUUAUAUAUCCUGGUAGAAAAUAUGGGCCGCGUAAAUUAUGGGCCAUAUAUUUUUGACCUGAAGGGGAUAUUAUCUUCUGUUGAAAUAGAUGGUGUUACUGUCCGUCACUGGAAAAUGUAUCCUCUAUCAUUUGAUGCACUAGGCGAGCUUUCAAAAUUCCAACCAAUACAGCAGAUCACUGAUGCCAGAGCUAGCAAAGUGCCCAUUCAUGGUUAUUUACAAAGCAAGUUUCGUGAUUCGUCAUUCUAUCAAAAUGUAGGUAUUUCAGAAGGACCAGAGUUUUAUGAAGGCCAUUUCGUUAUUGGCUCCGAGAAUGCAAUAAAGGAUACAUUCAUAUCAUUUCGUGGUUGGAACAAAGGGGUCGCUUUUGUGAACAACUUCAACAUCGGAAGGUUCUGGCCGGCAAUGGGACCACAAUGUGCUCUUUAUGUUCCUGCGCCGAUCCUCAAAUCUGGAGACAACGUUGUUGUUAUCUUUGAACUGCAUAGUCCCAAUCCUGAGCAUACUAUCAACUUGGUAAAAGAUCCGGAUUUCACAUGUGGUCCAAAUCAAUGAAAAUGUUGCAUGGGUUAGGGAUCUACAUGCUACAGGGCAAGGUUAUCAACUCAAAGCUGUUUUACAUAUAUUCAAGGCCUCCGACUGAAAAGCUUGUUUUAGUGUGUAUCGUAUUUUCAGAAAGCAUCUUAUAUAUUUUGAUUCUUUUAGAGCAAAAGGCUUACACCCAGUUCCAUUUCAUAGAAAUGAAACAAGUUACAGCAUUUAAGCUCGCUUAGAGGCCCUGAUGGGCGAUAGAAAAGCAUGUAAAACAGACAGCAUGCAACAGGAAACAGAUUAACUUUUUCAGACCAGACUGAGCACAGUUCUUGGCACCAAUCA